AUGGACAAUACAAUAGAUGACCCUCCAUAAUGGCUACUAGAUCAUUGUCAUUUCUCUCAAGCCAUUUUUAACAGGGUGGAGAACGUCUGUGUCCCUGGAGAGGAUAUCACAUACUAUUGUACCUUUACCGAACAUUGGACCCCCUUUCAAAAGGAUUGGAUUGGCAUCUUCAGAGUGUGGGAGAUGACCUAGGAUUAUUAUCCCUUCCUUAGUAUUGCUUUACCCACUGUCCUCACAGCUGAACAGCAGGAAGUCCUAUGUAAAGCUUCUUAUCUGCCCAAGGAUGAUGAGUAUUAGCAGUCUCGCUAUGUGGGUUAAGAUGAUGUGGUCCGGCGAGAAAGUAUCCCUUUCCAGUUCUGUCUAGAAAGUGAAAGAGGCUUCAUGGUCCUUACCACUAAGGGAAAGGUGGGCGAGAUCUGGCAACACAAGGAGCUUUGCUGAGAAAGCCAGGAUCUGAAAGAUAGCCAUGCCAGCCUCCGGCAGAACUCAAACAUGUAGGCUGAGCUGCAAGGCAAGCAAGAGGAGUUAGAAGCUGAGAAGCAACUGUAAGUCAUCAGGACAGUGGGAAAGCAGAAGGGCUGCUGGGAGACUGAGCUUCAGCAACAUAGCCAGAAUAUAACCUCAGAAAGUGAAAAGAUGGAGGUCAGCGUGCAUCAGCUUCAGACUGAACUGUCAACUCGAGAGAAAGAAACGGAGGGGCUUGUUCUGGGAGUUCAAGAUAAGACAGGGCAGUUGUAG